UAUAGAAAGUUAAAUAAAUGAAUUAAAAAUGAUUAUGGAAUGUAAUCCUUUGAUAUACUUUGGCAGUUGUUGUGGAUAAAAUAAAACACAGAUAGCAGUUUUCGUAGCGACUGAACUUAGCCGGCGGAUAUGGAAGCAGUACUAGCAUCCCGCCAUUUGUCGACACCGUUCUCUCACAAUCGAACCACCGCCUCCUCCUCCUCCUCCUCCUCUUCUAUCAAACCUUCCUCUUCCAUUUCUUUUCGGAAUUCCUUCGCGAGAGAGAUAUGGGGUUUGGUUCAGUCCAAGAGCUUAACUUCCAGAAGAACGGACAUGAUUCGUCCGGUUGUUGUCAGGGCUGAAAUGUUCGGACAGUUAACAUCUGGUCUUGAAUCUGCCUGGAACAAGCUCAAACGAGAAGAGGUUUUGACUAAAGAGAAUAUUGUGGAGCCUAUGCGAGAUAUUCGGAGAGCUCUUUUAGAAGCUGAUGUUAGUCUUCCUGUUGUAAGAAGGUUUGUGCAAUCUGUUACUGAUAAAGCUGUGGGUGUUGGAGUCACUCGAGGAGUCAAACCCGAUCAACAAUUGGUUAAGAUUGUUCAUGAUGAACUUGUACAAUUGAUGGGUGGAGAGGUCUCUGAACUAACUUUUGCCAAUUCGGGGCCCACUGUCAUUUUAUUGGCUGGACUCCAGGGAGUUGGGAAGACAACUGUAUGUGCAAAGUUAGCAACUUAUUUCAAGAAACAGGGAAAGAGUUGUAUGUUAGUUGCUGGGGAUGUUUACAGACCUGCUGCUAUUGACCAGCUGACUAUUUUGGGCAAGCAGGUGGAUGUGCCUGUCUAUGCAGCAGGUACCGAUGUUAAGCCUUCAGUGAUUGCUAAACAAGGUUUUGAAGAGGCCAAAAAGAAGAAAAUUGACGUGGUUAUUGUUGACACUGCUGGUAGGCUGCAGAUAGACAAAGCUAUGAUGGACGAGUUAAAAGAAGUGAAACAGGUACUGAAUCCAACAGAAGUUUUGCUAGUUGUGGAUGCUAUGACAGGGCAAGAAGCAGCAGCUCUGGUGACUACUUUCAAUCUUGAGAUUGGAAUAACUGGUGCCAUCUUGACAAAGUUGGAUGGUGAUUCAAGAGGUGGAGCAGCUUUGAGUGUCAAAGAGGUAUCUGGAAAACCAAUUAAGCUGGUAGGACGGGGAGAACGCAUGGAAGAUCUUGAACCUUUUUACCCCGACCGAAUGGCAGGACGUAUACUAGGAAUGGGAGAUGUUCUUUCAUUUGUGGAAAAGGCACAAGAAGUUAUGCUUGAAGAAGAUGCUGAAGACAUGCAAAAGAAAAUCAUGAGUGCAAAGUUUGACUUUAAUGAUCUUCUAAAGCAAACUCGUACUGUUGCUAAAAUGGGUUCUGUGUCUCGAGUCCUUGGGAUGAUUCCUGGUAUGGCAAAGGUUACUCCUGCUCAAAUUCGAGAAGCAGAGAAGAAUUUGCAGUUUAUGGAAGUGAUAAUAGAAGCAAUGACCCCUGAGGAAAGGGGAAAGCCAGAACUGUUAGCAGAAUCCCCUGUCAGGAGGAAAAGAGUUGCUCAGGAAUCAGGGAAGACAGAGCAGCAGGUAAGCCAACUCGUAGCUCAACUAUUUCAAAUGCGUGUUCGGAUGAAGAAGCUAAUGGGUGUAAUGGAAGGUGGAUCAAUGCCAACACUUAGUAAUCUUGAGGAAGCACUUAAAGCAGACGAAAAGGCUCCACCUGGCACUGCUAGGAGGAGAAAGAAAGGAGGUUUAAGAAGGCUAUUUAAAGGCCGAUCUUCGAAGAGUUCGUUGCCAGCUCCUCGCGGAUUUGGGAGCAAAAACUGAAAAUUUUCUAAAGAUGAUUGACACUCAAUAAAUAUGGUAGGAGAGUUUGUUAUUUGGAUCAACAAGUCGCAAGCAAUCAACUGGUUUGAUUUAGCUUUCUUAAGCUAAAAUGAUUGCCUUCCAUUAUUAGAUCAAUUCAUAUAGUAGCGAGUGUUGUUUCGCUGGUGAAAUUUAGGCAGAAAUGGAAUGUAAGCGCGGGAUGUGCAAAUAUAAGAAGUAUUUGAUUUUCUAACUUGCAAGCUUGACUUUGUCAUCUCAUUUGAAUUUUUGAAAUGCAUAUAAUGGAUGGCCAAAAUCAAAUGCAUGUAAUUCGAAAAAAGAUGGUUUAAGAAUCUUCAAUGGAGAUUUCCCGCAAUCUAGACCAGGUCCUUGCACUCUGUUUGUUUUGUAAUAAAUUUAACUCUUCUGGGUAUUUGAAUGAAUAGAUAGCAAUGUUUUGUGUCGUCA